AUGUCCCAUGAUUGAAGCAAACAAACGUGAAGAUUGUGGUUACCCUGGGAUAAGCAAAUCAGAUUGCGUCAAAAAAGGAUGCUGUUACAACGCGAUCAAGGAAAAGGGACCGUGGUGUUAUUACAGGCAAGAAAAAUGCCGGAAAAUAGCAGCAACAAGACGUCAUGAUUGUGGUUAUCCAGGCAUAACGAAGCGGGCAUGCGAGAAGAAAGGCUGUUGUUAUAGUGAAUUGCUAAACCAAAGUGGACCGUGGUGCUACCACCGCCUAGAAAAAUGUCUGCGCAAAGCAACAGAACGUGACGACUGCGGCUAUCCUGGUAUAACAGAAUUCGAAUGCAUGAAAAGAGGUUGCUGCUAUAAUUCAUUGCCCGGUCGUGGGCCAUGGUGUUAUUACCGAUGAGAUACGAGGACCUUCGGAAGAUUAUAUGCGAACUUUAGUGUACUCAUUGUUGUAAAAAUAUGUUGUCAAAUAAAUACCUCUAAUAUAUGAACUUUUCCUUCCCAAUAAGAUCCAGUAGGAGAUGAAUGAUUUGACUGCCAAUUUUCUUUUUGUCAUGUCGCUGCAGCCAAACAC